AUGGACGACUGGGUGUCAAAUGCCAACGAGGCACUGGAGCUCAGCCUCGUCCGGGCUGCUCCGACGGGGUUGCAAACCGUGGCCACAUUCAACCCGCAGUUCACAUACCCCAUUUUCGGCAACGAAGAGACCAUCUUCGGCUAUCAGAACCUCAAAAUCCUCAUCCGAUACAAUGCCUCCGAUAUGCGCCCCAAUUUGUUGGUCUCCUAUGGAAAGAAGUUCAAGCCCGUGGGCGAGAACGAGCCAACCGAUAUCGUCGAAGUUCUGAAGGAAUUUCUCCCCCCAGUGGCAACCCAAAAGUCAACAGAGUUCGAAGAAGCCAUCAAGCAAAUGCCUGCAGGUAGCUACCGUCCUCCUGGCGAUCGCAUCAAAGACCUCGAGACUAGCGACGGCCGUUACGAGAUCUGGAAGGGCAGCCUGGAAGACCCGGCCGUAAAGCAGCUUAUCAACCGGAUUCAGAUCUUCGCCACCCUCUUCAUCGAAGGCGGCUCAUUCAUACAGACUGACGGUUCGGAUCCCGCUGAUCGCUGGACCAUUUUCUUCCUCUUCCGCACGCGCCAGCUACCCGGUGCAGCAACGUCUUAUGAGUACGAGUUUGCCGGCUACUCUACCAUCUACCGUUUUCUGCUGCCUGUUGGGGCCGCUACACCACCUCGCACAACCGAGUUCGAGCUGCCCGGCAGCGAGCCUGAAUUUGCCUUGUCCAAGCUCCCUUGCCGGUCGCGCCUCUCGCAGUUCGUCAUUCUACCGCCGUUCCAGGGCAAAGGUAAUGCUGGUCGCCUUUACGACGCCAUCUUCGAGCAGUUUCUGCACGAGCCACAGACAGUGGAGAUCACCGUGGAGGACCCGAAUGAAGCCUUUGACGACGUCCGCGAUCUGGCAGAUCUCAAGUAUCUCAGCACCAUGCCGGCAUUCCACGAGGUCGUGCGCAUCAAUACAAGCGUUCAGAUCCCAAGAACAGGCCCGUCACCCAAAAAUAUCGUCGACCAGGCAGCUUUAGACGCACUGCGCCACGAAACAAAAAUUGCCCCACGCCAGUUUCACCGCCUGGUAGAAAUGCAGCUGAUGCACAAGCUGGCACCAAGCGUGCGGCCAAGCCUAGACGAGCUGGACGGAGACCAAGCUGAGGCGGUCGGCGGUCCGAGUGGCAAGGGCAAGGCGCCGAUAGCCACCAAGGAGCAGCAACACGAGUACAAGCUCUGGCGACUCUUUGUCAAGCAGCGGUUGUACCGACACAAUAAGGAGAUCCUGGGCCAACUGGAGCGGGACCAGCGCAUAGAUAAGCUGGAAGAAACGCUCCGCAGCGUGGAGCUGGAAUACGCACGAAUCCUGAGCCUGUUCGAGAGUAGAGCAAAACUGCAGGCACCGGCAACCAAGCGGAAGCUGGUGGAGGACAUUGAAGACGACGGGUACGGGAGUUCGUCGAGCAAAAAAGCGCGCACGGACGAGGCAUAA